AUGAGUUUCAUCGCGAUAUACGUGGACAACGAGUUCAGCCAAAUCCGUACAACGUUGGAAUGGCAGUUCAAGUUGUCUACUCUGGGAGAGCUGCGCCAGUUCCUCGGAAUCCACAUCGAGAAGGUCAAAGGCCACUACCAUCUGAACCAGCGUAGCUACAUCGAGAAGCUACUCGGACGGAGACAAAUUUGCCGACGAACACGUCGUACCGUUUGUUGGUUGUACGUCGCGGUCAACUCCCGGCCGGACAUCUGCAUCGAAACUUCGCUGUUGUGCAGGAAAGUUUCUAAUCCCAGCAAUCGCGACUGGACAGAAGCCAAACGCACCCUGAAAUAUCUGAAAGGAACCAAGGACCUCCGUCUGCACCUUGGUAACGGAGAUGGUCUGAUCAUCAAAUUCGGCGGUGGAGUGUGGAACUCGCACAUCACCGACUCCCUGCCCGCCGCCAAGAACAGCUUCCAGACCACGCACGGUCUCGUCCAGACGCAUCCGUCCUUUGGAAAGACCGGCCCAUCGGCCCUCCCACUAACCGUGGGAUCACGAGCAAGCAGCAGUCCCCAGUUGGCCAGCGGGAUCCCAUCGAUCACCAACCCGAACUCCCGGUCACCGUUCCGUCAGCCGUACUUUAGCACCAGUGAUACCCCGAACUCCGUCGCAAUCCCAGCUUGUGCGCCCGAGCUUGCCGCGAAGGAAAACCACCGAGGAUCGGCUACUAUCAAUUUACCGUCGAGGACUACACCGUGCUGGAAGCUGCAGGCAGGCAGAGGAGGUCGGUCGGAGCGACCAAAGCGAUUUGAUUCCAAGCUGGUGGACACGUACUUCGAUGAUGUUGGUGGAAUGGCCAAGAUUUUGCGCGAGUUUUUGCUGCACGUGAAGCAACCGGAGUGCCGCCUCCGCGUGGAUUUGUGCUCGGGGCAGACGUUGCUUGCGCACGCUAUCGCUGGUCAGCUUAAGAUUGGACUGGCCACAAAGUUGGUCGCGGAGGUUUCCAGCAAGUUGUAGCCAGGCAUCCGGGAGGUGUUCAA